AUGGAGAAGCUGGGUUCCCCGGACCCUGCACGCCCGCCCCCGGGUGCAGGGCCCGUUGCAGAGGAUUUGGUUGCAAUGCCGGCUGAGGUCGAGGAAAAUGAGGCAUCAGCCGUGAUCAGCUCCAAACUGUUCAACUGUGCUUGUGCAAGACGUUGGAUACCACUUGCCUACAGAGAAGAACUUUACCACAUCUUGAGGCUCACAGGCCCAUUGCUGAUGUCCCGGAUUCUUGACCUCCUCCUACCUUUUGUUAUCACUAUAUUCUGUGGUCACAUUGGCAAUGCAGAGCUGGCUGGAUAUGCACUGGCCUCAGCGAUUAUUAAUCUGACCACAACUUCAACAGGCUACGGCCUCAAUGUGGCUUGCAACACACUCAUUUCUCAGACAUAUGGCAGUAAGAAUAUGAAACGUGUGGGAGUAAUCCUACAGAGGAGUUCAUUAAUCCUGAUGCUGUUUUGUAUGCCCUGUUGUGGUCUUCUUCUCAACUCUCAAAACAUACUGCUCCUGCUGCAACAAGAGGAUGAAGUGGCGCGAAUCGCCCAAAUCUAUGUGAUGGUGUUUCUUCCAGCUGUUCCAGCCAUGUUCCUGCACCAGCUGCAAGUUUCUUACCUACAAAACCAGGGGAUCAUUCUGCCUCAGAUGUACACAGCAGCAGCUGCAAACGUCAUCAAUUUGGGGGUCAACUAUGUCCUAAUCACCCACCUCCAGCUGGGUGUCAUUGGAUCAGCCAUUGCGAGCAGCUUCUCUCAAAUUACCAGCUGCCUGCUGCUGUAUGGCUACAUCAGAUUGAAGAGGCUCCAUGAAAAGACAUGGGGAGGCUGGUCCACUGAGAGUCUGCAGGAGUGGGACUCCUACAUGAAGCUGGCUAUCCCCAGUGUCUUCAUGGUCUGCCUUGAAUGGUGGGUCUGGGACAUUGGAGGUUUCUUUGCUGGUGCACUUGGUGAAGAAGAUCUUGCUGCCCGGCAUAUACUGGAUGAAAUUGGAUCCAUUAUAUACAUGUUUCCUCUAGGUGUCCAUGUAGCUGCCUGUGUGCGUGUAGGAAAUGCUCUUGGGGCGGGAAACAUAACCAGGGCCUUAGUCACCUGCAAAGUGGCCCUGGUUCUAGCAGGUACGCUUGCUGUGCUCCAGGGUAUUGUCAUUGCUGGCUGUAAGACUAUCAUUGGCUACAUAUUUACCUCUGAUGACAACAUUGUGGCGAUCGUCUCACAUAACAUCACAGUUUACACAUUUUUACAAUUCUUUGAUGCAAUCCUGUGUGUCUGCUCAGGGAUUCUUGUAGGAUGUGGGAUGCAGAAAAUUGCUGCCUUGUCCAACCUAGUCGGUUACUACCUCAUCGGUCUGCCAGUUGGAGUUGUUCUUAUGUUUUACGCCAAGCUCAGGGUACUAGGUCUGUGGCUGGGUCUCUUAACAUGCAUUCUCUUUGAGGUGUGCUUGUUCCUCAUUCUUAUCUUCAGGCUGGACUGGAAGAAAGUCGCACAAAAGGCCCAAAAACGAGCUGGAAAGAAAGUGGUGGUGAUACCAAAGCGUCCUGUGAGUACAGUCCUGAAUGAAGGGAUUGUGCCUGACAUCUCAGACUGCCCUGUUACAAACCAGUCAGAAGGGAAAGAAGUUUCUAAAGCAGAAGGCUACAGUUCCGUAGACACAGAGGACCAGGAGCUGAAAGCCAAUCACGCGUCUGAAAGCAACAACACACCAGCAGGAGGGACUGAGGGGGACACCGAGCAGAGCAAAAGCACCAAACCUCAAACGCUGCUCUCUUCCACUCAGCUGAUCUUGCGUCGGGGACUCGCCUUGUUAGUGUCAGUUCUUUUUCUGGUCAUAGGCGUUGCUUUUCAUUUCGCUGUCCCUCCACCAGAGCCCUCUGUUCGAAGCCUGAACAACUUCACCCUGAACUGGGCUAAUGACUCCACACCAGCACCUUCAGCUCUACUGGGCCUGACCACAGACCUCGGAGCCAUCUCUGACCUCUGAAUGUAGACAUCUGGUGGAUCAACACUUCUCACAAACUGAUUUUUGAAGAUCUCAAAGAGAGAAAGGUGUUGGUCUUGUACCAAAGGUCGUGUUUUAACCGGCCCAGCCUGAGAUGUCUAACAGGGACAACAGGACACAUAACUGUACACAUCUCUAACUGAAAGUCUCACAUGUGGGCAUUAAGGAACAGAUUCUUUUUUAUCAUGGAUUGUAGGAGAGAAAGUGUGGAUCUAUGGUGUGGCAGUAAUCACCGCAGGGUGUCGGGUUAAAACACAAUUAUGAUGUUCAGGUGAGAGUGGGGAAUAAACAUGCUGAGUCCAGGG